AAGAGAUUUACUAUAGAAAAAAGAGCAAUGGGUUUCUUGACGUCUCUCUUAUGCGGUUUUCUUCUCGCAAUGGUAUUUUCUGUAUCUAAUGGAGACCCUUUAGUUCCAGCAUUGUGCAUAUUUGGUGACUCUGUAGUUGAUGUUGGAAACAAUAACAACUUAAGCACUCUCAUCAAGGCAAAUUUUCCACCUUAUGGAAGAGAUUUUGUUACCCAUAAACCCACCGGAAGGUUCUGCAAUGGAAAGCUUGCCACAGACUUCACUGCUGAAUAUCUUGGGUUCACUUCAUACCCACCGGCUUACCUGAGCCGAGAAGCUAGAGGGAAAAGAGUUCUUGCUGGUGUCAACUUUGCCUCUGCUGCUUCUGGUUAUUAUGAAAGGACUGCUCGACUGUUUCGUGCUCUGACGUUGAAACAUCAACUAAAAUAUUACAAGUUGUGGCAAAGGAAAGUAGUGAAUCUGGUAGGGAGGACCAACGCUACUAACAUUUUCUCAAGAGGAAUACAUCUUAUAAGUGCAGGAAGCAGUGAUUUCAUGCAAAACUACUAUAUAAAUCCACUACUCAACAGAGUCUACUCACCUGAUCAGUUCUCAGAUAUCCUCAUGAAGUCUUACUCUACAUUCGUUCAGAACCUCUAUGAUCUGGGAGCAAGGAGGAUUGGGGUUACAACUCUGCCACCAACUGGUUGUUUGCCAGCUGCCAUCACUUUGUUCGGCAGAGGAACCAAUGAGUGUGUUGCAAAACUGAACAAAGAUGCUAUCUCUUUCAACAAGAAGCUAAACAGUACAUCUCAAAAGUUAAAGAGCAAGCUUCCUGGCAUCAAGCUUGUAGUCUUCGACAUCUACCAACCUCUCUUUGAUCUGAUCACAAAACCUGCAGAAAGUGGAUUUUUCGAAUCAAGAAAGGCAUGCUGCGGGACUGGUACACUAGAAACAUCAUUCCUUUGUAAUGCCAGGUCCAUUGGAACAUGCUCCAAUGCUACAAAUUAUGUCUUCUGGGAUGGAUUUCAUCCCUCACAAUCGGCAAAUGAGAAGUUAGCUCAAAGUCUGUUGGAACAGGGUUUUGACCUCAUAUCUUAAAGCCUCAACGCUGCAGAAUGGUCGACUU